CAACGAGAUUGUACAUCGAGCAUUUUGAAGGAGGGUAGUUAGACGAAUCUCUAAUCAGCUGGUCUAUGUUGCCGGAGUUUACUGGAGUUGCAUAGUCUGCAAAAUGGGGGAUGAAUCUAUUGAAUGCCUGUCCAACGACUCUGGGGAUUCAUGGGAUAUCCUGAGUAAUUCUGAAUCUGAAAUGGAGCGCGAUCCUUCAAGUCAACCGCAAUCAAACUGUCUUAUCGUCUGUGCCAAUUGUGGCGAUUUAUUGUCUGAUGAGUUCCUGCAGUGCUUAUUGUGUAAAAAUUGCUACGUUUGUAUCAAGUGUAAAGCAAAAUCUCCUUUAGCUACAAAGUGCACAGAAGUUGGGGAACAUUCAUUUAUACCAACACUCAGGUUGUUAACAUCUAAAGAUGUAUCUAAUUUAGAAAACUGUGAAUCAGAUAUUCUUAGUUUACCGGAAACCGAUAGCACUCCAUCAGUUCAUGAAGAUUUCACUGAUAUAGACAACUGGAUGAAAAGCAGUUCAAAUACACAGUCACUUACAUUAUCAGAUUUCAACUCCACUAAAGAAUAUGUCGAAGUUGAGGCCGUUCCAUCUAGUCCUACUACUGAUGAACAUCAAGAUAAGAAAUGUACAAAUAAACUAUCACAAGGUGACAGUUCAAUUUUAAAUGUUUUAUUACAAUUUUUACGAAAUAACAAUCAAUCGACAAUAGAACCGAGUUUAUUCGACUCAAAAUUGUUACUGGCAUCAAAUUUAGAGUCAUCUUUUCCAAAAACAUUUCAUCCACAUCACACAACUGUUCAGAAUGUUUUACUAAAUAUGGAUGAUAGUUCAGCUUUUCAAUCAUGGUUCAAUUUGGGUAGUUCACUGGGGAAUACACGUCGUAAACAAGAAAGUUUAUCUUCUAAUUCUUCAUCAUCAUCAUUAUCAUCUGAACUUAGUCCUGAAAAUAUAUCACAACAUUAUGAUUCCUUUCCGUCAAUAACAACAUCACUUGUUGGUGUAACAAGUGGUCGCUUCACAGUUUCAUCAUCAUCACCACCAUUAACAGCAACAAAAAUACCAACGGCGUUGAAAAGAGAAUCACUCGUUGGAUCAUCUGGUGAUAAUAGCCCAAAUCGUUCAAGUUCCUCUUCAGACUUCUCACCUCAAUCAUCAAUCUGUUCACUUUCAUCUUCACCAUUAGGAGCUGCUACUCAAUUCUUGAAAUCGGUUGUUAAAUAUUCUGCUGCCGCGUUGAACAAUUUCGAUUUAUUGUCAUUAGAUCAAACAGAUGAUAUACCUGUGGAUAAUUGGUCUAAACCUUUUACUUCUACUACUACCACUAAUAAUAAUAAUAAUAAUAAUAAUAAACACAAUAUCCUAUGUAAUAAUUCAUCAGGUAAACAAAACUCCUCAUUAUCACUGUCAUCAUCAGUAUCAUUAACACCAAGCUAUUUUCCUAAAUCUGUUAAUAUUAAUAAUAAUUGUAAUAUCAAUCAUACUAUUGGUAUAAAUACUGCUGUCAACUCCAUAGAUAACAAUAAUAAACGAACUGUCUGGGAUAAUGAACGUUUACGUGAAGUCAUUAACCCUAAACCAUUACCAUCUACUAUAACUGAAACAUUUGCAUAUAAUUUACGCUAAAUUCGGUUUGUUUUUUUAUGAGAGAGAGAAAAACAACAACAACAACAGAAUUAUUAUUUAUUUGUUUAUUUAUUUCCUCUUUUCUGUUUAUUAUUUAAACAAAAAUACACAUUUAAAUACAUAUAUACAUCUAUGCCUACUUAUAAUAAAUUCAGUGAACAUUGAUUUAUUUACUUACGCUUGUUACCCCCUCGUGGAGGAGGAGGAGAAGGAGCAUAGGCCGCUCAUUCAACUCUAAACAUUGAUAGGCUUGCAUGAAUUUGUUUGUUUACUUUACAUUAAAAUAACUAUUCAAUUUAAAUUUUAAUAUACAUUUAAACAUUCAUAGAUACGUAAUGUAUUUAGGUGUUACAUGUUAUCCAUAUGGUUGGGUUUAUUUCUUGUAAUAUGCAACUAAUCAUUAUAUGGUUUAUAAAUUCAGCUGUUUGUUACGUAAUAUUCAUCAUCAUGAUGAUGAUAUGUUUAUAGGACAUUUAUAAAUGUUUAUUCCUGUGUACAUUUACUAUAAAAUGUAUCAUAUAAAAUUUCUUUUAUGUUGUUACCAUGAAAAGAAUCAAUAUAUAAAAGGAGAUUGUUGCCAAGCUCUGGUUAUUACAUAAUAAUAAUUAUUAUUGUCAUCAAUCAAUAUUUUUCCUAAACUUUAUUUCAUAUUCAUUCAAAAUAACUUUUAAUUAAAUUCAUUUGUUAUUGUAAAAAUUAUUAAUCAUUAACAUGAAUAAGAUUCAAACUUUUUUUUGUUUUGUUUUGGUUUUUAUUCUUUAAAAUAUUUUAUGUCAUAAACUUGAUGAGUAUUGUCCAAGACUUUGUUUAUUUGUUUGUUUGUUUUCAAAGGAAAAAAAGAAGAAUAUUUCCAUUGUAAAUUAUUCCUUCAUGUUGAUUUAAAUCAAGUUUUUGAAAUGGUUGUUUUCUUUUUUUUUGUGAUAAAUUAUUAUUCAUUUUAUAUAUUGUUACAUCCUUGAUAAUGUUUACUCGAUAAUAUACAAGAGAAAACUUGUUUUGAUUUAAUUAAAUGAAAACCUUGAUACUAU